UCGAAGAUGGCCGCUCCCUCAUGUAAACAUGCGACGUCGUGUUAUUUGGCUAACAUGUCCGGUUGAGCAGUUUAAAGGAGUGUUUCCGUAUAAGCAGUGACCGCUUUGUUUGUUUCAUAGUGGAAAGGCGACAUCGUCAACAUCUCGGAAGCGAAACACCGAUCCGUAGGACGAUCCGUGGCGCCUCGUCAGCCCAGCGUUAGCGUCAACACGGCGGCGAAGCGGGGAGCCAUGCCGUCGUUGACUUUGUUUGUCAGGUCUUUACCAACGUCAGCCUCAAACGAACGUCUUGAGGAUAUAUUCUCUGAAGUCGGGCCCGUCAAACAGUGCUUCGUCGUCAACGAAAAAGGAACAAAAACAUGCCGGGGGUUCGGGUACGUCACCUUCUCUAUGGAGGAGGAUGCACAGCGAGCACUGAAAGAAAUAAAGGAAUACGACGGACAUCGGAUAUCUUUAUCACUGGCAAAAAGGAAAACAAAUGUCAAGAGAAAAACAGCACCGGAUGAGCCAGCGCCAAAGAGUACUGAUCAGAAACCCAAAGGAAUACGGAAAAAUAUGAUGAAAGCCAGACUUAUAAUCAGGAAUCUUAGUUUUAAGUGCUCUGAGGAGGACUUGAAGCAAACCUUUGCCAGUUUUGGAACCGUCCUUGAAACCAAGAUCCCUCUUAAACCCGAUGGGAAAAUGCGAGGAUUUGCAUUUGUCAUGUUUAAGAAUGUGUCUGAGGCAGGGAGAGCCCUCAGUGCUAUGAACCUGAAGGAGAUCAAAGGUCGGCCGGUAGCCGUUGACUGGGCUGUUCCCAAGGAUAAGUUUGUUGCAACACAACCAUCCUCCAGUGAAGGAUCAAAUAAAAAGGAAGAGGAAAGUGCAAAUCAGUCCCAUCCAGAAAGUGUCCCUGAAGAAGAGGAAAGAGAAGAAAAACAAGCAGUGCCUCAAAAAAAGAAGUUCGGGCCUAAAGUUGUGCAAGAGUUGGAAGAGUCCCAUUCAGAAGAUGAGGACAGUGGCGAAGAACAAGAUAGUGAGGAGGAAGAUGAAGUAGAGGAGGAAGAGGAGUAUGAAGAAGAAGAAGAAGAUGAUGAUGAUGAUGAUGUGUCCCAGGAGGGAGAAGAUGACGAGAGUAGCCUUGAGUCAGAUGAUGAGGAUGAGGAGGAUGAAUCAGGUCACAAGAAAACACCAAGCAGACCACCCUCUUUAGAUGUAACAGAGGGCAGAACUAUCUUCAUCAGGAAUCUUUCCUUUGACACUGAGGAGGAAGACCUGGAGGAGGUCCUUCUGCGCUAUGGAGAGCUUAAAUAUGUCAAAAUUGUUGUCCACCCAGACACAGGGCACUCUAAAGGUUGUGCAUUUGCCCAAUUUAAGAGUAAAGAACCUGCAGAGAAAUGCAUAGCUGCAGCACAGGAUGAAGCAGAGAGCGGGGGUAUCCGGGUGGAUGGCAGGAAGCUGUUGAUUGUGGCAGCAGUAACCAGGGAGGAUGCUGCCAAGCUGAAGACUAAGAAGGUGAAAGUGGAAACGGGCACAAGGAACCUCUACCUGGCCAGGGAAGGAUUGAUCCGUGCUGGAACCAAGGCUGCGGAGGGCGUGCCUGAAGCAGACAUGAACAAGAGAGCGAGAUUUGAAGAUGUGAAGAGGGCCAAACUCAAGGGCGUAAAUGUGUUUGUGUCAAAGACUCGAUUAUGCGUCCAUAACCUGCCCAAGUCAGUGGACAAUAAAAAACUGAAAGCACUUUGCCUUCAAGCUGUAAAAGGAAACAAAGGCGUCCGCAUCACUGAGUGCAGGGUGAUGUACGACAGGAAGCCCGAGAAGGGCAAGUCGGUGGGACAGUCUCUGGGAUACGGCUUUGUUCAGUUCCAAGAUCACGAGCACGCUCUCGGCACGCUGCGUUACCUCAACAACAACCCCGACAUCUUCGGCUCUCACAAGAGACCUAUUGUUGAGUUCUCCCUGGAGGACAAAAGGAAACUCAAAAUAAAAGAAAUCCGGCACCAGAAAAAUAAGGAGCGUUUCAGAAGCGUGCCAGGGAAGAAGGGUGGCGCCAAGCCACAGUCGCAGACACCUGGAGAUGCCUCUCGCCCGAAGACAGACGCACAGAACACACAGGCGUCUAGAAACGGUCACGCCCCGGCGCUGAACCGGAAGCAGGGCAGACACUUCUCCGGCUUCCAGACCAACCCCGAGGUGGAACACGUUGAAAUGGAAGACGGAAAGAAGCGCAGAGCGGUCCUCCCUUUCCCCUCCCACCGGGGACCCAAGAUCAGAAUGCGGGAUAAAGGAAAGAAAAACGCCCCUCCACCCAAGAAGGUCGGGGCUGGCUCCAGCCGGAGAGAGCGAAAGGCACGACAGAACAUUGAAAAACCCACAGGGUCCAGGAUCCAGGCUGUUAAACCAACCAGAAGCCACGUCAGGAACAGAGACGACGCACGAUUUGAUAGCCUGGUGGAGCAGUACAAGAGAAAACUGAUGGGAACCAGCAACCAGACUACCAACGUCAAACGGACCAAAUGGUUCAACAGUUAGCCGCUGUGUUUGUGUACAGUGAGAGACAGAAUAUGUGGCCAUUAAGAAUAUGAGCGCUGGAAUCAAGCCCCGCUAUAUUCAACUAAAUAAGAUUUUUGAAAAAACAUUUUUAAUGCUCCGUAAACCUUUAUUGUAACGUCACUGCCCUGAAGUUCCCUGUGUGACUGUUCAUAUUUAACUUGCUGUUGCUUUUACCUCCAGAAAUUAAUAAAAGAUUUUUUUUUAUCAAUCUGUCUAAAUGAGUGA